GUCCGACCCUUACAGUCAAUACGGUCAGCAGUACAAUCAGUAUCCUCCCAAUCAGUACGGUUCGCCUGGCCCCAAUCAAGGCUAUCCUCCACCCGCUCCCAGCCAAGGAUAUGCUCCCGCUCAAUAUGGCUACCAGCAACAAGGAUAUCCACCCCAAGGCGCAGCUUCCAGCUACUACGGAGAUCAGCAGCAAUCGAAUCAGCAGUCGUACGGUUCAUCGGAACAGGGUUAUGGUAAUCAGAACGGACAGCAAGGUGCAGCCAGUACAAUCAGCAGCAACAACACUACCCCGGACAUCCUCCUGCACAGCAACAAGGUGCCUACCCCGACAACCAGUAUUCCUCCGGUCAGCAGCAGAACUACGGUCCCACGGAUCCAAACGCCCAACAAGAAGGCGAUCGUGGCCUGAUGGGCGCACUGGGCGGUGGCGCUGCGGGAUACUUUGGCGGACAGAAGAUGGGUGGGCACGGCAUGUUGGGGGCUCUCGCUGGCGCGUUUCUGGGCCACAAGCUGGAAGACAAGGCGAAGCAGAAGCACAAGUACAAGCACAACGGUAGCGGAUAUCACUGAGAUGGCUCUUCUGUUCAUCAGCAUGACGGCGUUACGGUCUGUGUUUUCCUUGGUUUCUCAGGGGCUCAUCUUCAUGAGGGGACUUCGACGCCGUUGGACGGCAUGCUAGCAUGAUUAUUUUACGAUU